AUGGCCGUGCUAGCAACUCCUUCAAAAGGGCUGUCAAUAUUCCAGAACCGACCACAUCCUUCUAUCUCUAAGGCGUUCUCAAGAAUAGCCAUCGUUCUUUUUGUGUUGAUUCUCUUUUCACUGUCGGUUGAUCGGAUCCGAAAUCUGAACUGUCACGAUGGCGAGCAUCUGGUGACACAACUACUCAACCCGGAACCAUUUUCGGCCGAGGUUGACGAAAAACCAGCAUCAAAUUUCCAGCAAGGAAAUCUUCAAAAAUUAUCCCGUCAACAGAUCACUGGAGAGGACACAGCCGGUGAACUUGCCGUUCUUUGCAGCCAAGGAAACAGGGUGUGGAACCCGAAUGUCAUUAUCGAGUGCCCUGGUCUAAACGGCGGCUUUGGCAACUGCCGCCUGGACCUUCUUCAUUGCAUCCGUUAUGUCAUUGAAGCCAGAGUAUCAAUGAAACUGCCAACGAUCAGCCGUCGCAGCGCUGACGAUAUCACCAACUUCAUGACAAGCGAUCAAGUGGGGCUUGAAUAUCUGAUUGACGAACAUCAUAUGCGGAGGACGCUGAACAAAGACUGUCCCAAACUCGUCAUCCAUCCGGCAGAUUAUGAAGACUCGCGACUGCGCCGUCUGCCCGCAAUAUCCCCCGUCCUCGACCUGCACAUCGACAGUCAUCUCGAAGAAGGCAUGCCCCCCGAAUUCGCUGUGCCCACGGCCCCGGAACAAUGGCCCCCUGCCUUGGACAAGUGGAUCGAAUCUUCAACCGACGGCAAACCGCCAUCUGCCGAGUCGCCAGUUGCCUUCCCACUUCGAUCAAUCAUGUUUACAUGGCCCACGUCGUACGACCCCCCUUCACUUGUCCGCCAUUUCAGCGAGCUGGUACGCCCGCUGGACGACGCCAAGAUAUUAGCAGCUUCGGCACUGCUAAACAUGCAGGAGCGAUUCGGCACCCACAUAGCCUUUCGCACCAGGAACGAGCCUUCAGUGCAUGCCAAUGCCUUCGUCGGGAUCCACUUGCGCGUCGAAAAGGAUGCGACCGACUUCCACUGGCUCUCAUACGAAGACCAGAUCAACUAUGUGACGCAGCGACUGCGAGGACGUCAGGGCGGCAGCACACGCCAUGCAGCUACGGACAUGCCAGACACAGACAAGAUGGUCAUUUACGUCGCAUCCGGUGACGAGCCCGGCAUCGCUAAACUGGCCGAAGACGUCGCGCCUAUCACUGUGGUGACGAAGAACGACCUCCUCCCGGAGGAUACACCCGCCGGCGCUGCGCUCCGCAACAUGGCCUGGGAUCAGCAGGCAUUAGUAGACAUGCUGGUUCUUGAGCACGCCGGCUACUUCAUCGGUGUGCGUGACUCCACCUUCUCUUGGCACUUGGCCAUGCGGCGGGCAGCAGCUGUGAAUUGGGUUGUUGGCGGAUUCCCUGAGAAUUGCUGGCUGGAUAAGGAGCAAAAGCGGAGGAGUGGAUGCAAAUCGCUACUGGCAGACAACGAGGAAUGGCGCGACGAUCUUAGUGCUUUGGUUGGGAAUGGUCAUAAAGAGAAAGUCAGACACCACUUCAGCACACGUUCCCGUAUAUGA